UUCAGGAAUCAGAUGGACAGAGGAGCUGGAGAGAAGAGGCAGCUCUCAUAAUUGGGAGGGGACAGACAGUGAGUACAGUAAGUUAUUAAGGUAGUACGUGAUCUGGACAACCAUUAAAGGUAUCUAUUAAGAAAAGGAGAUGGUUCUGUUGACUAGGAGGAUGCUAUUUUGAAGGUGGAGAGAUCUUUAGAAGACCCUGGAAAAUAAUGAAACAGGGAAGAUCUGCAAAAAAACUGAAGAAGCUGAUUUAAAAUUGAGAUCCUAGAGCCCUGAAUUAUACACAGUGAGAAGCUGGAGGUUACACAGCAGCCGUGCCAUGUGCUGAGCUAAAAGGCUUCCAGACGCCCCUGACACCUCUUGGUCCUUGUUUUCUCCAAGCCAACAACUACUCUUAAAACACCAUGUUCUGGAUUGUGGUCCUGAGCGCUUUCUUUCUCCAGGGUGUCCUCCUAGAACAGACCCGGGUUCUGGAGCAGAGAAAACCAUUUUUCGAGCGUUUCCGCAGGCUAGAGGAACAGUUUCGUAGGUUCCAAGAGAUAACACUGACACGUCUUCAGGGAAUAGCAGAAAAUUACAACCUGUCAUACAAUAUAGACGCCCGUUUCCAGGACUUAGUUGACCAGCAGAGGUCCAUCACAGAAACUCUAAAUGCAACGAAUGAAGUGAAUCAGAGGGAAAUCGAUGGGGUAAAAUUCUGGCUGAAAAAGCUCCAAAGGAAAACAAAGAAGCUUGACCUAAAGAUCUCCUCCCUGGAGGAGUCAAUGACUCAGAGGUAUAAACAGGAGUUGAAAGAUAAAAAAGCAAAUGAUGGGUUGAUCUCAAACUUGACCUCAGCAAUUGGCAGUCAGAAGAGGCUUAUUAUCCAGCUAGUUAUGGACAAGAAAUCACUACAAAAAACCCUGGACAUAUUUCAGGAUUCAGUUCAAAGACAGGGAAGCAAAAUAACUGCACUGGAGGAUAAACUUAAAGUCAUCAUGCAAAAUGAGAUUUUGCCACCAAAUGCUCUAGCUGCAGACCAGGAUCUGAACCAGACUCCCGAUAAGAAUUUUCCAGGACCUCCAGGGAUUAAUCCAAAUCCUUUAACUACCCAGCAUCUAAUGGCAAAGCUUCAGUCCAAGCACACCCAGAUGAAGAAACUUCAUGAGGAGCAACAACUGCUCAUCCCAGCCCAGAUGAUGAUGGCAUCUAUGACAGAACAACAUGGAACUAAGAACAUAAGCGUCCCAGCAGAAGAACCCCAGGGAGAAAUGACAAAGAAUGUGAGGUUGCCAGAGGAGCAACAAAAUGGAAUAGUGACAAAGAAUGAAAGAUUGCCAGAGGAAGAACAACAUGGAAUUGUGACAAAGAAUGUAAGGACAACAGAGAAAGGGUUUGAUUAUGUGACAAAGCAUGAGACAUUGCCAGAAAUGGAACAACAUGAUUAUGGGUCAACUAAUCGAAGCUUGCCUGAGAAGGAAGAACAUGAUUAUGUGACCAAAAACAUGAGGUUGCCAGAGGAUAAACAAUAUGAAGUUGUGACAAGCUUACCAGAGAGAGACAGAGCAGACGUACAAGAAAGUAGGCCACCAUCAUCAGUAACAGAGAUCCCAAUAGAGCCGAAGGAACAGAGAACCACACGGAGCCCCACUGUGCAGAACACCAGGGAGCGGACAACCAAGCAACCUGGCACAAUAUGUAAUGUGGACUCCAUGUUGGUGUUCCCCAAUUCUUCCACUGAAAACUUUGUCACCUUCAGCAAAGGUCUAAGACAUGGACUCCAUGAACUGUCCAUCUGCAGUUGGGUGAGGACUGGGGCCAGCUAUCUGGGGACCAUACUUUCCUACGCAACAGAAGACAAUGAUAAUAAGCUGGUGCUACAUGGCAGAAAUGGAGCAGCUUAUGACGCCCUCCACUUUGUCAUAGGGGAUCCUGUGUACCGGGAGUUGCCUGUGGUUCCAUUUCUGGAUGGCAAUUGGCAUCACACCUGCUUCAUCUGGUCAGCCAUUCAAGGUAAAUACUGGUUUUAUGUUGACCGAAGGUUGGCUUCUACUGGCUCCCGGUUUCAGAAAGGCUAUGAGAUACCUCCAGGAGGGUCAUUGAUUCUUGGACAAGAGCAAGAUAUCCUGGGUGGUGGUUUCGAUAGCGCAGAAGCUUUUGUGGGAAACUUGGCUGGUUUUGCAAUGUGGAAUCGUGCUCUAUCACCGGGAGAGGUCUCUGGCAUAGCCACUGGGAAAGGUUUGCCAAGAGGUACAAUCUUUACAAUGGGAGACGAACCUUCACUGCAUGGAUCUGUUCAAAAAGUAAGCUGCACCUGCUUGGAAGACUGUAUGUAGCAAUGUACCCGGGCAGAAUAUUCAAUGUCCCAUGGCUCAGAACACAGAUGUUGAGUAUUCUGUGUAUAUUUGGUACCACUUUAUACCAUAAGACACCAAUAAUAAAGCUGGUAGACUACAUUACUAAGCACUAUAUUUAAGCAAUCAGUCUCCUCUGCAUCAGCUAUACCCGGAUUGACUCAUCAGUAUCAGCCAUUGCUUCCCAUCAUAGCACUUCAUAUUUAAAGGGACAUCAUUUUACCAAAAAACUUACUCUUUAGGCUAUUUCUCGCUUUCUCUGGAAUUCUGGUCAGUAAAUGCAACCGAAACAGGCAGGGCCUGAUUGGUACAUUAAAAUAUUAGAGUUAAUGAUGUCUAUUAACAGUAAAUAAUGUACCUUAUGAAUAUGACUAACUGUACUAACCCAGAGGUUCUUAACACUCAGACUUGGAAGCUGUACAUUUUGGCUCCAUAUAAGUUUCGUUUAAAAUAAUUUUUAUUGUUUUUCCAAGUUAAACAAGCAGAAACUUUGACAAAAGAUGAAGGCUGAACAGUGAAGCUCAUUCAGUUACCAGAUAAGUUUCAACAUUGCUAUGUUAUAGUGGGCCAAUAAUUCAUUAUAUUACAUGAUGGUGACCAGAUAAUUUUGAAAUAAUGAAAAUUAAGCAGUCUAUGGGGCCCAAAGCAUUUUAGGCAUAUUAAAAACAUGAGCUUAAAGGGUGACAUUUGACUCCAAUAAGUGUGCCCAGUUUUACAUCUAGUAAUUUCUCUUACUGAAGUCACUGGCACUGCACAUGCUCAGUGUGCUCCUUGCUUCUCUAGGUGCUUACUGUAAGUAAUUGAUAGCAAAAUGUUUUUUAAUAAUCAAAAACAUACAAUAAGACCAUGGUGAUGUUGACUAUUUGAUGUUCUGUGUCUUCAGUCUCUAUACAGGUUUUAACAAUAAUAAAAAAAGGAACAGAGUAUAUGUGGAUAAUAUAGGUACCAUAAUGUACCAUCACAAUGUGGUUUAAGUAAACGUAUAUAUUAUAAUAUUUGCUUGUGUAGUAUAUUACUUGCCUUGUAAAAUGUCAACAAUCACAAUGAUUGUUAUUCUGGUAUAUCCACAAACUUUUUUUUUAUUAAAU